AGGAUAAUUGCGUUGGAUCGUUGCAAGAGUUUGCCAUGCAAGGGAAGGACCUUCGCCCGGUGGGUGUACAGGGCGGAAAUGCGUUGAGAGAAUGCCUGGCAACAGCGAAGGAUCCAAGGACGGCCAUCAAGAACUUCGUUUCAGAGAAUUCACUGCAAACUCCCUCCUGCUCUCCUGCUCAGGAAUGGCUGGAUCUCAUGGGUAUCUCCCGCGCCGAGCAGCACAAGGAAAUUCUUACUCGGCUGAAAGAUCGACUGCUCUCGAAAGUUGAGAGCAUGUCGACAGAGAAGAAGCUUGCCCUGCUUGAGAAGUGCUUUCCCUACAUAUCCAUUCCAGAGCUCAGGGAUAUCCCUCUGACACUUUUCUCGAAUUUGAACAAAGUGCCCGUGUCAUAUCUGGUCACUCUAGCACAGAGUCCAGACCUGGUGAAAGAAUUGCCGUUGUCAGUAAGGCGACAGGUGUGGGCCAAUGAACCGGACAAAGCACUGUUUCGUAAAGAAUUCAAUGGACUUCUAAAUUCAUAUCGCAUGCAAUCAAAGACUCUGGGCGUGGUGAAUGGAUUAUCAAACGUUAGCACAAAUCAGAAGAAAGCAAGAGCUGCAAGCAAGGUUUUGCAAGAGAUGGUCGCCAUCCUUGGGGAUUUCCAAGAAUUAUAUACACAGGCAUUGAAGAUUAUUGAAGUCGAGUAUCGCACAAACCCGUUAACCUCUUAUUUGUCUACAUUGCGUCUUCACCUUCCAUUAGCAGUCCACGAGUCCGGAGUCAGGCAUGUCGCAGAGACUGAUCCGUUGCUGGCCUCCAUGUUGCUACGACGAGUUGCUGAGGAAGAAGGCAUUCCAAAGGACGACAAGGUUGACAAGGAAUGUCAGAAGAUCUUGAAUGAAUUUUAUCCGUCACUCUUGGUCAGUCUAGUAGACGACAUCAUAAGAGAAGAAGGUGAUCCAGAGGACUUUGAGGAAAUCUUCGUCAAAACCGUUGGAGAAUGCAAUCCAGCGAGGUUGAUGGUGUUAGAGUAUAUGUUGAACACAAUUGCGACAGAUCAGGCAGAUACAAAGAAAUUCGAUCAGCUCUUGUCCUUGUAUGUCCCGCCAUCUUCGCUGAUCCUUCAGUUGGAGGAGGGCAGGAGGUUGACGGUGAUAGCGAGAAGAUUGCACGGGCACAUAUCGAAGCAUACAAAUGAAUCGAACACAACCGGAGAUGCAUCGAAACUUCAAUCCUUGAGGACAAGCUCGUGCGCCUUGGUUGUCAAGACAUCCUCUAUUGCAAAAGUCUGCUGUGGGGUGCUUGUCUCCUUCCUGCAACUACUCGAUGUAGCCACUAAAGAUCAAGUGGAGGAGGAGAAGGAGGAGAAGGAGGUGCUUCACGAGGAGCUACGGCAAGUGUUGAAGGAAUUGCUCGCCUCAGACCCAGACGUCGACACGGAGACUCUUCUUAAGUGCGGCAAGAUCGGGUUUCACACUCCGCUGGCCGAUGCAAUGAAGCGACUGGCCAGUAGCGCAAAGAUGGAGAGCUCGGACAUGUCGACAACGAUGGUGAAGUUGAUGGGCAGCGAUCAUGCUUCCUCGAAUGCCGCGAUGAAGGCAGACGAGUGAUGCGAAACUUGUACAUGAAGAAGAUGAAAGGAGAGAUGAAGACGAGGAAAGAGCAAUGGAGAAGAACGGCGGAGGAAAAAAUAAUUUAUUGUUUUGUUUGUUUGUUUUGUUGAGGAACUUUCUAGCUACCGACC